CCGUUGAGCCACCUCCCCUUUACCCCCAUGGUGUACUUGGCCAGACCCCCUCGGUCCUUGGAAGAGCCGGGUCACAUUACUCAGUCUGUUUCUGAUCCAGAUCCCCUAAAGGAUCCAUAUACAACCAAAGUCACCCACAGACACCUCCAAAGCACAGGACACAAUGUCACAGCACUCCUUAAUGACAAUAAGAGAGAGGAAAAUGCAGGCAGCAGCCAUUUGCAGAGAAAUUCAAGGCACUGAUGGGUCGGAGAUGGAUCUGGGCCGAAAGGUGAACACACCUAAAGAAAUCAUGCUGGAAGAACUCUCCUUAGCUUCAAACAGGGGAUCUCGACUCUUCAAGAUGCGCCAGAAACGCUCGGAGAAAUACACAUUUGAGAGCAUCCAGAAUGCAUCUAUUCAUAUUAGUGAUGGCGUGACAGUUAUGGAAACUGAAGUUAAUGGUGUAGGAGUUGACCAAGCUUCAAAAACUCCUCCAAACACACCUGACCCACAUACCACACCCAAUCCUGACUGUAUAGCCCCAGGCUAUGGAGGUCCCUUGAAGGAUGUUCCAACAGAGAAAUUCAACCGCACAGCUGUUCCCAAAUCCUACCACUCUCCCUGGGAGCAAGCUCUCAUCAGUGAUCCCUCUCUAGCAGACAUGGUGCAUUUACAAAUGCCUGAAUCUGAGCCCACACCUCAAAUCCCACAAUACAAGAGCUUUAAUCGGAUGGCGACUCCAUUUGGUGGCUUCGGAAAUGCUCCUAAAGCCCCGGUCAAGUCUGUUGAAGUGAACAUUCUCCCAAGCGCUUCCAGUCUUCCACCCCCAGAAGCUGAUUCUGGCCCCAUGCCCUCACGACCCUCCUUCAACAGGACAGCUCUAGGCUGGGUGAAUGAUAGUGCCCCUCUGAUCCUUGCCUCUGCCACCCUGGAGCCCAAAUCAUCCAGGUUGCCUGUGUUCCUCCCUGAAUCUGACGAACUUUGAGUUUCACUUGCAUUGAUAUUGUGAUAAACAUGAAGCUUUGUUAAAUAGCUAAUUUAGGUUACAUAUUCAGGUUACAUUAAAUUGUAUGUAAGACUGUUUACAGUGUCUCAGUGACUGAACAUCACUGUAUAAGUUUCAGUUCUUUUAAAGAAAAGAAUUGCAGUUAGUAUCACAUGUUAUCUGUUAUAUGUAAUUUAAGAGUUUAAAUUACCUUUCUGGGUACAGAAUUACAAAUAUUUGUUUAAGUGCAAUGACAUUUGAAGCUGCACCCAUAUAGUAUAACUUAUUCUAUUAUAUCUAUUAUCGGUAUUCACCUGUAUGCCCUGGAAAAAAUCACAUUUGAUUAUGUGUGUAAUAUUUGACCACAUGUUAAAAACAUGUGAAAGUGCAUUACAUACAAGUUAUGCCCAAUUAACACACGGGAACUCAAGUAAACACAUGUAUCACUAUGUGAACAAUAUGUGACAAAAAUAAAAACAAAUGCCCUACAUGUGAAAAAUUAA